AUGUCGGAACGAUCCUCUUCCCCCGAAGAGAUGACUACGAGUACGACGGACCCUUCAGUAACCCAAACCACUUCAUUACCGCUUCCAGUCGAUCAGUUCCCUUCCUCCGAAAGCAGGUCGAUUGCGACGACGACAACGACAUCGACAUCGUCCAGCGGCCCUGAUCAGUCGGCGCCUGGCACCCCGACACAUCAGGGUACGAAACUAGACCGAGGGCUAUCGCCUCCUACACAUUUCGCGAAGCUCAGAGGAAUCACAUCCCUACAAGAAGCCGAACCAUCAACUGUCAGUUUACGCUCUCUGCGCAGUAUUCCCAGCAUUGUCGUCAAUGACGGAUCGCGCCCCAGCUCUCGCCCAGGUUCAAGGCCCGGCUCCCGACCAGGCUCGCGGUGGUCGGAACGGAAAUGGGGCACCCUGAGAAGUAGGAGGUCGGCAGAACUUCAAAGAGACGAAUCGCCGCCGCCUGUUCCGAGGAUAGAGCCCCUGUUCAGUGGCAUCUCGCUAGAUAUUCCGAAUGGAUCGCUCGACGGGCUUGGUGCGUCGAACAUGAGGUUCUCCAAGCGUGGAAGUCUUAUUCAGGAGGAGGAAAAAAUGCAGUUAGAGCGCAAGCUUAAGGAACAAGAAGCGAACUCGGCAGGAAAGGAGACCGAAGCGCACGGAACGGAGGAUAUGGACAUAGAAGCGAAGGAGAAGUGCCAGAAGCCCGCACAAAUCACCUCACCCGUGGAUUGCUCAGGAACUGCUCGUGUCCGUCCACGGCCCCCGUCAUUACUUCGUGUACGACGAAGUAGUAUUCCCAGCAGAGCCAUCUCUGCGGACGAGGACAUGUUAUCUCGGAGAGUCAGAUUGAUGUACGCAAAAGGAGACGAGAACGUGACCGAUUCAGAAGUGGCCAGAUCAUUCGCCAUGGAGAACGGUACCCUAUGGGAGGAAGCGACCCCUACUAAAUCGGAGACUUUUGAAACCAGCGUUUCUGAUGCUGAUAAACCGGCUAUAUCAUCCACUGACACUGGCGGCAACUCUUCUGGCCCUAAAAGAGAGGCCAACGAGCUGGCUGGGGGCAUCGAAUACUGGCAGAAUAUCAAGGCAGGAGAUGUGGAUAGAUAUGGCUUCAUUCGCGCGUCAAACUCCGCCGAAGGUGCAGAGUUCAGCCCCAUCCAGCGAGUUUCCACCAGUUUGCUGCUUGCGUCGGAAACACCACGGCGAAGGCGCACUAUGCGACCACCUUCGGCCUUAGCAAGCAACCGCUCGUUUACGGGACGGUCUCCUUCGCGGCAGAACUCAGAGGCAUCUAUGCGUCCGGCUUCCUCACAAAGCACGUUUAGUUCCCCUUUGCGCCGGUCAACCUCGCGGUUCCGACAAGCGACAAAUCACCUUCCUCAUAAUCGCAGUCGCCGUUUCAAAGAUGAGGCUGGGGAUAUGCUCACCCUUCCCUCUGAAUCUGCUACGUUUGACGACAAGUUGGACAGUGCCGCUGCGCGUGCGGCAAGAAAGAAAGAGUGGGAACGAGAGGACAAAUGGACCAAAAUGGCGAAGCCGACAAGAAAAGGCAAACAUGGAGGCGGAAUGACAUUUGACUUUGAUGCCAAAAGUUCGAAACUGAUUGAACGCACAUGGAAAGGGAUACCUGACCGGUGGCGAUCGUCAGCAUGGUACUCUUUCCUAGAAACCAGCGCCAAGAAGCACAGCGAUAGCCCGACGGAAGAAGUGCUUAUUGCAGUCUACCAAGAGUAUCAGGAGAUAUCAUCCCCCGACGACGUACAGAUUGAUAUCGAUGUCCCGAGGACGAUCUCUAGCCAUAUCAUGUUUAGGCGACGGUACCGCGGUGGUCAACGUUUGCUUUUCCGCGUGUUGCACGCGAUGUCCCUCUACUUUCCGGAUACGGGAUACGUUCAGGGUAUGGCAGCACUUGCGGCCACACUUCUUGCGUACUACGAUGAAGAGCAUGCAUUCAUCAUGCUUGUUCGGCUGUGGCAGUUGCGAGGAUUGGAGAAACUCUAUCGCUCUGGUUUUGCGGGCCUCAUGGAGGCCCUCGGUGACUUUGAACGAGAGUGGUUGGAAGGAGGAGAAGUCGCCGCGAAACUGAACGAAGUCGGGAUCCCGCCUACAGCAUACGGCACCCGAUGGUAUCUGACACUGUUCAAUUAUUCGAUCCCUUUUCCAGCCCAGCUCCGAGUCUGGGAUGUCUUCAUGCUCCUUGGCGAUGCUGAGGAUCAUCCAACGACGAGCAGAACGGAGACCAGCGGCUUUGGCAAAGGCCUUGAUGUUCUGCACGCGACCUCGGCGGCCCUUAUUGACGGGAUGCGAGAAAUCAUCCUCGAUUCAGAUUUCGAGAAUUCAAUGAAGGUUCUAACUAGCUGGAUUCCGAUCAAAGACGUCGAGCUAUUCAUGCGUGUUGCCAAAGCCGAGUGGAAAGUCCACCAUCGAAAGAAGUCGCUUUGA